CUAAGUCCAUCACAGGAAUAAAUGCCUUAGCAGGAUUUCAUCCCGGGACCAUCGGCUUCAUAUGGUCACUACCCACUAGGCCAUACAGGUCGUCAAAUAUAUGGUUUUUAGCCACUUGUAAAGAGAAGGCAGUGUGACUUGGACGUACAAUGAUCACUUGCGUCUCUAUUUAAGUGCUGGAUUAUUAGAUGUACGAGACCAUCGAAGUGCAGGAUUAUCGAGAUAUCUCUGUGUGUCUUGUCGCAAGUGAGCAUUUUUCUUCCGUUCGAAGGUUUAAGAGGAUGUUAUUCCAUAUACCUAAUAAUUAUAUAAAAAAGUGGCGGUGACAUAAUCGGACAGACAGACGGACAUGACGAAUCUAUAAGGGUUCCGUUUUUUGCCAUUUGGCUACGGAACCCUAAAAAUGACCAAAAUACAAACGAAGUAGCCAGAGCGCCGGAAGAUACAUUAGUUAGUGAUCGCCGCUAUCUCCCGAUAUGGCGAUAAGCCUCGAUAAGCUCAAUUCAUCGACGCAAGUCCAUGGAAACGAAUGUGUUUUGAUCGGUGACAGUUCUCAUGCGUAGUAUAGAAGUAGAUCCUAUCCACACUAGAUAAAAAUCUAGUGUGAAAUAGGAAUUAGAGUGUAAGUGGUCUAGGAAUUGGUGUGAAGUGAUAAUGGCAGCUUCUGGUGUCCCACAGCCGCUACUCAAGCUAUGGCACCUUCUCAGCACAUACAUCCUGACGACACCCUUCUUCGGCCUCUGUCUCCAGGGCGCUCUACUGAUCCUUGUGCUUCUCGACACCAAUGUCACCCUGUUGCUCAAAAGAGAAGCAGCUAUGGGCCAUGUGCUGGAGAGUACUCAUGACUGGGUGACUAUCGGCGCUGGCUUAGUAGAGUUUGGUCUAGGCGCGCUCAUUGCGUGGUGUGGCCAAGCCAGAAAAAACUUCGCCCUAUCUUUUUGGCUAACAGCGGCCGCUGCAGCCGGCCUGCUUGUGCUAGCCUUUCCUUUUAAAGACACUCCUGACUCCACUGUGGAGCUAUGCGGUGGCGAAGAAAUAACCUCGUACUACAAGAGCACAGAAAGCCCCGAAGAUGAUCCCUGGGUCCCUCGCGUCACCAUGCUGUGUCUGACUGCCGCGUUUUGCGUCCUUGCGCGUUUGAGUCUUUUCGCGCAUGGCUUCGUUUACGUAGACGAUCAUGAGCCUGAGCAUGGAGCAUACCAUUAUGGAAUACUGAUCACAAUCCGUCUCUCCCUGGGUCUAAAUGGUGUCAACUGGCUGACCCCGUCCUCCACUCGGGACGUGUGGUGGCACGCCCAUCUGUCCUUAUGCAUGCUGACAAUAAUGUUCGCGAUACUCUUCACUCUGUUUCCAAGACGCAAGAUCCAGCAUAAGGGAGAUGGUGAAAUGGUCAGCAAAGAAUUCUUCUCAACACUGGGCCGCGUGCUCCGCAACAAGAUAGUUUUGGUCCAGAGUAUCGCGCUCGCAUUUCUCUCGGCCGCUGUGUUCGGCUUCGUGCGAUUUGACGACGACAUUGUCGAGGCUCAAUUUCACAUUGAAACCAAACGACAGGACCCGCGCGCUUCGCGCCAAGUCACCAACAUUUUCCGAACUUUGGUCAUCGUUUUCUUCGUCAUGAUAUUCCGCACCCGUUUCUCCGGCCGUCGGAGCGACGGCGUGAAGGCAACGACGUCGGCGCGCGUCGGCGGUAUCGUGGCGAUAGCAACCGCUGUGCCCUUAGUGGUGAUCAGUCUUCUGAGCUGCAACAUUGGAGACAUAGCCGGGAGCAAUGCGGAGUACGGGCUGCCGGUGUGCAGUAUGCAAUGCGGGUGUUCAGCAGACAGUUACGGCUUCAGCCCGGUGUGCACGAUCAACACUACCACUACGUACUUCUCGCCGUGCCUCGCUGGCUGCCAUGAGGUCGAGGAUCUCAACGGAUUUCUAUUGUUCUCUGAAUGUUCGUGCGGAGGCGGGCGGGCGGCGCGCGGGGCGUGCUCCCUUUCGGACUGCGGGCUUGUCUUCAACAUAUACCAGCUGCUGUUCGCGCUGGUGCUGUCCAUGGCCGGAGCUGCCCUCCUAAUGCAGGGUAUGGUGAUCGUCCGGUCCGUGCUGGCGGAAGACAAAGCUGUGGCCCUCGGCACCUCGUUCGCGGUCACAGCUCUCCUAUCCCACAUACCAGGCUACAUGCUUUAUAUGCUGAUUAGCAACUUAAGCUGCGCAUACACAGCUAACGGAGGCUGCCUCUUUCACUUCCCAUCUCUUUGGUCUAUGGCACUCCUUAGUGCAGGCUUCUCUGCUGUCUCGGGAGCGCUGAGUCUAGUCGCGAGUCGUCUGGCUAGAUCAAUAUCAUAGCAUUAAUUUAAGCAAACUAGUCACACGAACUUGGCCGGUGCCAUUAGCAAUUGCUAUGGCCGAUGACGGAGGGGAGGGGGAGGGGCAUACAUUUAGUUACCAAUUGUAUUCUCUAGGGCUUCCCUCCCCCCUGGCGACUGGUGUUAAGUUUCAUGAUGAGAUCGUCGAACUAUUUGACGGUAGGUUUGACGUUUGACUCUCUCAAUACUCAGACAAGGUAAAUAAGUCUAUAUCGACGUAAAAGCAUAAAUAAAUAAAUAUUAUAGGACAUUAUUACACAAAUUGACUAAAGUCCCACAGUACGCUCAAUAUGGCUUGUGUUGUGGGUAAGGUAACUGCUCGACGCUGCACUAGUCAUCGACAUGGGCACUUUAUUUCAUGGAAAUAUAGGUUAAAUUUGAACAACGAAGAUUUUUCUGUAUGCGAACUUAAUCCUUGUCACUUUGACAUAAAGUCCCCAUGUCGAGUACUAGUGCAGCGUCGAGCACUAGUACUUCUACCUUACUUAGACAACGUAAAAGCAUGUAUUUCACGUUUGAGCAAUUCACCUUUUUGUUUAAUUUUAGGACAAUUAGGUAUAAAAGUGAGUAAUCGUACCUAAAUAUUUAUAGUCAGGGUUUUUUGCUCAAGUUUGUAAACCACGCAGAUAGUUUUAAGUUAAUUAAGGCCCAUGGAUACUUAUAAUUAAUUUGUAAAUAAAUAUUUUUUUGUGUCA